GAAAAUGGGAUUUUAAUCGGAUGCGAAUGGUGUUCACAGAUGAACAGGGGGUCGGAAGUCGGCAUAGGCAUCACGAGCGAAAAGGAAAUGAUACAGGAGAGAAGGGUUAACACGCCGAUGACCCAACCACCGAGGAAAUGCGCGCUUUGCCGUUUUUUGAAGUCGCUCUGCGCCUCCCAUCAUUUCAAAAAUUUACAGGUGGAGAUGCUUUACCAACGAUACUUCCUACGAAUGAACCAAAGCAACAUGACGCACGUUCUUGGCCUAUUGGCGGGACUGGCUCUCGCUCUAGGCGUGCUGCUGCUCCUCAAACUGUUUCUGGAUGGCAAUCAACAAUUCCUCGAUACUUUGGAAAGACCGGAGAACUUAUUUCUAGCGAUAACGUUGGUCACCUGUGUCGCGAUCUACGCCGCACUGGUCGCGGCUAUAUCCAGGCCAGGGAUGAACGAGAUCUGGUUAGCGGGAGUGAGCGGGAUCGUUCUGGUCACGUUGCUCGCGCUCCAAGUGUCGCUUAACGUGCACCUGGCGCUCGGGUCGAAGGAGCAUCGUAGCGGGGGCCCGUUGGCCGCGGCGUGGGCCGUGUGCUUCUUCAUUUACAUGGCGUACGCCCUACUCCCUAUAAGGCUGCGCCACGCGUGCAUCGCCGGCCUAGUUUUCUCCGUGGCGCACCUGAUCGGAGCCUUCGUCCUCUACCCUUCGUACUACCCGGCCAUGAUGGAACACUUACUAAGCUCCAUUGUGGUGGUUGGUGGGACGAACAUGGCCGGAGUGUUGACGCAUCAUCCUCGAGAACUGGCGCAAAGACAAGCCUUCCUGGAGACAAGACAAUGCGUCGAGGCUCGUCUAACCACGCAGAGAGAAAAUCAGCAACAGGUACUUAUGUGUGUAUUGUAUAAAUGUAUAUGCGUAUUAAUCUUAUAGAAUUUCACUAUCGAUGACAAACCACUAUAUUUCGAUAAAUCAAC